AUGGCACCAUCUGCUGUCGAAGUUGUAGAACCAACCACCCUUCCUCACAAGGGAGGCAUUCCCGUUGGCAAUGGAAAAUCCCGUGCCAGUGGAGAUGUUCAAGUCUUGGAUGCGAAGUGGAAGGAGUUCUCCUUUGAGCCAAUCAGGGAGUCGCAGGUCGCUCGUGCUAUGUAUCGACGAUACUUCAAGGACCUUGACACUUAUGCCGAGUCUGACAUUGUCAUCGUCGGUGCUGGCUCAUGCGGUCUUAGCACGGCUUAUACUCUUGCCAAGGCUCGUCCCGACUUGAAGAUUGCGAUCAUUGAGGCUAGCGUCUCUCCUGGUGGUGGUGCCUGGCUCGGCGGCCAGCUAUUCAGUGCUAUGGUUAUGCGCAAGCCGGCUGACAGGUUCUUGACCGAACUUGGUGUGCCGUUCGAUGAUGAGGGAGCCUACGUCGUGGUUAAGCACGCUGCCCUCUUCACCUCGACCUUGCUGUCGAAGGUUUUGGCGUUCCCCAACGUCAAGCUUUUCAACGCCACCUCUGUCGAGGAUCUCAUCACCCGUCGUGACGAGUCUGGCAAUAUCCGAAUUGCUGGUGUGGUUACCAACUGGACUCUGGUCUCGAUGCACCAUGAUGACCAGUCCUGCAUGGACCCUAGCACCAUCAACGCGCCUGUCAUUAUCAGCACCACCGGUCACGACGGGCCUUUCGGUGCUUUCAGCGUCAAGCGACUUGUCAGCAUGCAAGCGAUCGAGAAGCUUGGCGGCAUGCGCGGGCUAGACAUGAACACCGCCGAAGAUGCCAUCGUUAAGGGCACCCGAGAGAUCGUGCCCGGCUUGAUUGUGGGUGGCAUGGAGCUUAGCGAGGUCGACGGAGCCAACCGCAUGGGCCCAACCUUCGGUGCCAUGGCUCUAUCCGGUGUGAAGGCGGCGGAAGAGGCCUUGAAGGUCUUUGAGCAGCGCCAGAAGGAGAAUGCAUUCUAA